CUGGCUUCCACCCCUAGAUGCCUUUCCAAUUAAGCUCCACGGCAACCACCUCCAGAUCCGCACCGGGCUUGACCCCGACGAGCAACAAAUCACAAAAAGGAACGGGAGCGGAGAGAAGAGGCGCGGCGGAUGGGGGCGAUAGUGACGGCGGUGAUCGCGAUCGCGGCGGUGGUGCUGGGCUGGGUUGCCAUCGAGAUGGCCUGCAAGCCCUGCCUCGAGACCGGCCGCCGGGCCAUGGACCGCGCCCUCGACCCCAACUACGACCCCGACGAAUCGCCCGCCAGCGCCACCGGCACCGAGCCGCUCCUCUCCGACCUCCCCGCCGCACCACCUGCCAAGGCCAUCUGAUCUCACCUGGCGCCUCCCGUAGGCGGACUCCGCGGUGCGACCAGACAUUCCAGACCAGGCCGGCAAUGUGGGUCCUUGUAAUCUUGUUCGUCUCCAUGUCUGUCUCUGUGCUUUGUUCAUGUGGUUUUGGUUAAGAAAUGACAACAAAUGCUUGCUAUAUUAGUGAGACUGAAAUGAGAUCUCAUGGUGAUCCGAGUAUCUGACUA